AGAAAAGCUUACCCAGACAGAGUGAAGUGAUAUGCUCUGGAUUUAGGAAACUAACGGCAGACUGGAGGAGGGAGCAGCACUUUAUACUUUGAGAGAUCUUCUUUGGACUUUAUUUAGCCAAACUGUUGUUGGAUCGAUGGACAAAUCCAUUGUGUGGGGGCGGUAUCUAUGACAAAAGUCUAUGUUUUCAGAUCAUGCCACGUUUGCCUGUGAUGGGCUGAGCAGAACAUCCUCCCACUGUGCUUAAACACAACAGCUGUCAGUGCGCGCAGACCGAAAAGUUACCGGAGUUGUCUUUACUUCUUCUUUGGCUGAAUUUCUUUAUUUUUCAAAUCUUCUGUUGUAUCGACUCCUUCUUCCCCCAGCGUGCUGUCCCCCGGCCCGCCCCAGCAUGCUGGACUGACGUCUGAGGAAUGGCAUCGGCUGUGUUUGAAGGCACGUCGCUGGUCAACAUGUUUGUCCGAGACUGUUGGGUCAACGGGAUCCGCAGACUGAUCAUCAGCCAGCGGGGAGAGGAAGAGGAGUUCUUCGAGAUAAGGACAGAGUGGUCUGACAGGAACAUUUUAUACUUGCAUCGGAGUUAUUCCGAUCUGGGGCGGCUGUUUAGGAGACUGCUGGAGUCCUUUCCUGAGGACAUAAGAGACUUAUCCAAGUCUCCGCUCAUAGAAGGGCUGGUGAAAAUCAAAGAGGCCAAUGACAUUGAGGAGAAAUUGAAUGAGGUGGAAAGACUUCUGAAGAAUGCCAUCAACAUGCCAUGCAAGUAUGCAAGGUCAGAGGUGAUGUUGACUUUCUUUGAGCGAUCGCCGCUGGACCAGGUGCUGAGGAACGACAAAGUCCACAGAAUCCAGCCAUGCUUUCAGAGUCCAAUCACAAUAUCAGAAAUCAUGCAGUCCAAUGGAUUCUGUCUGGCCAAUACAGAAACCAUUGUGUUUGAUCACAGUCUCCCUGAAGAAAAAGAGAGACCCUCAUCCACAGACUCAGUGGAACAUACGUAUGAGGAUGGAACAGAGUUUUUGUCGAUGGAAGCAGAUUUGUGUGAUGAGGACACAGAAGCGUAUGUCACCAACCUUUCCUACUACCAUCUGGUUCCAUUUGAAACAGACAUCCUGGAAUGAACUACCUGUUGAUAGACAUCUGAUCAUUGAGGAAUAUGUACUCUUAAAUGGAACCUGGGCUAUGCAACGCUGCAAAAAGCUGCUCCAAGUGAAUGCUGCUUAUCCUUUCAAACGGUAGACUUUCUCGUAGUGGAUUUUUCGGCAGAAGAAAUAUUGGAAGAAAUGCACCACUUUGUCCACUUUAAGCGACGUCAUCAGUGUGCCUCAUUCAGAGCCUUAGUGAGUGUGUCAAGAAGAAACAUGACAGGAUUGUCUUUAUACUGGCUUCAGGUGUUGUAACACAACCUGUGGCAGCAACAAUGGUGGUCCUUCAGUCCCGAGGCAGAUGCUAACAGCUGGAGAGGUUUCAAAAUGUCCAGCUGGAGGACUUCAAAAGGAUUCCCCAAAUACAUCAUUGUAUGGGGUUUGGAAUGUGUGACUGAAACCUGAGCGGACAUCACCACACAGCAACCACAUUUAGAAAAAGUACAGUAUUGGACCCUUCAUUGUUACUUAAAAAUGUAGCUGAAUCAACCAGAACUUUGCUUUUCUAUCUCAGUUGUUUUAUCUUUUUGCCAGGAUAUAUGUGACUGAUCUUCAGAGACUAUUGUCUUAUUUAAAUUGCUCCCGGAUAUGUUUUCUCAGUUUUAACCAGUUUUGUUUUUCUUGUGGGAGUAAGCUUUGUGUAUGAUGUGUUUAUGCCACCAGCGUUUAGGGACUUUUUUUCAUUUAUUAAAUACCAGUUUAAGAUUCAUUAUGUGAUUUCUGUUCAGAUGCUGUUAUAUGGAGUUCUUUGGCCUGAGAGGAUACAAUAAUAUAAUUCAUAGGUGCAUAUUUCGUCUAAAGCAUUCCUGUUGUAGAAUUAAAAAAACGUGCUGGUAAAUUAAGGAAUAUAAUAUUAAUUGUCAUAUUUUUGUUACAACUUUCCAAAGUGAGAACUUAAGGAUGCCUUUUUGGAUUUCUGUGAGGUUAUUUUAUGAAGGUUUAUCUGAAUAAUAAGUUGGAAUGUAAUGUGUGUUUGAAAUUUGUUUUGUAACGUUGCUGAAUUUAUGUUAAUAAACAAAUAAUUGUAUGUAUCAGAGCGGUGAAUGAGUGUUGCCAUUAUGUGGACAACUGAAUCAUGUCACUGCUGGUGUUGCCAUGUGAUGAGUGAUGACAUGGGGCAAAGAAAGCUUUGUUUCAUAGGUCACUUGAGGUCAUAUCUGACCCGUUCUGUAAGAUGACGUGUGUGGGUUCAGUCGGAAAGCUGACUGCAGUCUUUCUGAAUGUGGGAGUUUACAGCUUGGUCUGCAAUGGAGGAACAAGUCCUUUCUUUAUCCUAAGAACACAAACAACCUUGCUGUACCAAGGCUUUGGAUAGAAAAGUUGUGUGAAGUGAUCAAACACUUGAUACAAAAUCAUGUUUUUUGUAUGUUUUAUUUAACUGUGGAGCUUUAUUUGUGUUUAAUGCAAAUUAGCGUGUAUAUUUGUGUAGGGUUAGCUGUAAGGAAGUCCAUCUAUAUUCAUUGUUUUGACAGUUUUGUCAGUGCAGAAGUCAUUGUGGCUUAACAAUGUGGGCUAACAGCUUGGGUCCACCCUCUUGCCCCUCUAAAUACAAAAAGCAUUCAACCCUCACAAACUUGGCACACAGGGCUUCAACAGGACGGUCCUCCACAUGAGUCUAUUUAGUAACACAGUCAUGAUCACCAUUCCCCCCAUGAGAAAGUACAGCUCUUUCUCACGGGGGGAAACAAUUUCACGCUUCUUUUUGGUUCUCUCUUUUUCCCAAGAAUUACAUUUUGAGUUGGCGGAUGUUUUUUAGAUAUAUAAAAUGUCUGUUGAAAAAUUCCACCACACAUAAUGGUGUAGAUUAAUAUGAUACAAUAAAAAGAAACCGGAAUCUCUGAUAUAAAUGUUACGAAUGUUCUCUCUUUUCAAGAACUGCUUGAUGUUUAUUCAAUGCUGCAUUACUUCAUAUUAAAGUUAAAAUAUCUAUCAAGACCUCUGUCUAUCUUAAAACCCUUUGCAGGCUGGGCUAAUGCUUUCUAAUUCUGCUGAAGUGUCUGUGAUGUUAUGACUUAUGGUACUUGGCCGAUUUAUGAAGCAUAUCAACAUGGCCAUCAUACCAAUAAUAUUACACCAAGAUGUUUAUUUAUUUUGUAAAAUCCAGUACACUCUGUGAAGCUAACCAUUCAAUGCCUUGUCAUUUCUUUUUUAUGUGCUCAUGUGUGAUGUGAGAUAUGUCAGUGCAUAAGAAUACAAUAAAGAUAAAACUAUAUCCUUUGGAAUAUGACGAUUAUGUAGUAACAUUAAGUAAUUAAAAAAUAUUAUUCUCAAAAUAUGUCAAAAUAAAUAUGUUUCCAAUAAA